GCAGUCGCCAACUUGGCUUGCUUUGCGCACGCGAUAUGAACUCGGCCGUCUACCACGUCUCGACGCUCCAGACCGCCGACCAGAUCUGCAUCUGGGACUUUGGCCGAUGGCCCAUCACAUACUCGCACCAUGGCAUCGUCUACACGCGCGGCGAGACGCCGGACGAUGUCAUCGUGGCCCACACGUGGAGCCCGCUCCAGAACUUUGCCGAGUCGCAGGCCGACUCGUGCUUCCGCCUCACAACGCUGACGCAGUUCUUGGAUGGCCGCUCGAUGAAGUACCUCCGCCGCGUCCAGUACAACUCGUCGAUCCUCGGCGACACGAUCUCCAAGCUCGGCGAAGUGCACCGGUCGGCUUCCGACAUUCCGCCGGUGGUCCUUGCGCGCUGCCAGUUCCUCCUCGGCGCCGGCCGCGGCCACUUUAACAUUCUUAGCCUCAACUGCGAGCACGUUGCCAACUGGUGCAAGACCGGUCGGCUCUUUGCAAAGCAGAUUUUUACGUCCGGGCCAACGUCGAUCCCGUACGAGCGGCAGCGGUCCGUGUCGCAGCACCUCGACUCGCUCGUCUCGCAGGUCCACAAGCUCAAGGACGAGUACCGAUUGACACUCGAGACGCUUUGCACGCGUCUGAACAGUCUCGACCCAAGCACGAACCAGCGGCGGCGCGUCUAUCUCAAGCUCAAGGACACGACCAAGUACGUUCAAGUCCGCGGCAACCUCUUGUACGUCGUCGAAGUCGACUUGGCCGAGACCGAGCCGCUCCUGCGCAACCUUCCGUCGCCGUUCUAUGCGCGCGCCGAGCAGACGGACAUCAACACGAUGAAGGUCACGUUCGAGGACGUCUCGAGCGGCCGCCUCGUGUGCUCCAAGGCCAAGUGCGUCAAGCUCAUUCGGCCCCGCAUCUACCACCGCGAGAACCUCUUCCGCUUCGAGUAUGCGUACAACGGUGAGCUCCAAUCGCGCCGACUGCGCCGGUGGUACGUGGGCGUGCAGCCCAAGGACGGUCUCCUCCGAACGUCGGCGACGCGCGACUUUGCCUCCGAGUUUGAGCUGGUCGACGCGGACGCGCUCGAUAAGGACUUGGACGCAAGCGAGUGCAACCUCAAGCUGACGUAUACAAGCUCGUCCGAGCUUGACGACGACGACGACGAGGAUGGCGACGACGACGAAGAGGACUCGGACGACGGCGACGACGACCAAGGAGACGCCAAACGAACUUCGUAGUACCUGUCAUCGUUGUAGGAUUAACGUUAUCUAUUACCGAGGGAGCCUCGUUCAUCAGUCUACA